AUGACGGAGCCAUCACCUAGUCCAAUUGCCAUCAUUGGCAUGGCAUGCCGUCUGCCUGGUGGCUCGGAUAAUCCUUCUAAACUCUGGAAUAUGCUUUCAGAGGGCCGAAGUGGCUGGCGUGAAAUCCCGGAAGAUAGAUGGAACAAAGAUGCGUUCUAUCACCCCGACCCCGAGGCAAAAGAAUCUGUCAACUUCAGGGGUCUUUACUUCUUGGAUCAAGAUAUUACUGCUUUUGACGCGCGGUUCUUCAACGUACACCCUCAUGAAGCCCACUGCCUCGACCCACAGCAGCGCAUCUUAUUGGAGACGACAUAUGAGGCUCUCGAGAAUGCUGGGCAAACCAUUGCCGGUAUCAAGGGAUCCAAUACUUCUGUACACGUCGGAGCUUAUGCUACUGACUUUGAACGAAUGGGCUACAAGGACACAGCAAGAACGCCCAAGGCCCAUAUGAUCGGCACAGGAAUAGCAAUUCUCUCUAACAGAAUAUCCUAUGUCUUUGAUCUCAACGGCCCAUCAAGCACAGUCGACACUGGAUGCUCAGGAAGUAUGGUAGCCUUGCAUCAGGCAUGUCAUGGGCUCCGAGCAAGAGAAUCAAGGAUGGCUAUCGUCGCCGGUACCCAACUUGUUCUUACCCCUGAUCAGAUUAUCCCCAUGAGCAGUGUCGGCCGCGGCGCUGGCUACGCAAGAGGCGAAGGCGUUGUCACUCUGAUUCUCAAGCGUCUCGAAGAUGCUAUCAGAGACGGUGAUCGGGUUCAUGCCCUUGUCCGGAACUCUGGGCUGAACCAGGACGGCAAGACAGUCGGCCUUACGCUACCCAAUCCCAUUGCCCAGGCGAAUCUUAUGCGCCUCGUGUACAAAAAUGCUGGGCUAAACCCAGCAGAUACUGUGUACGUCGAGGCUCACGGUACGGGAACUCAAGCUGGUAUGGGAUUUCCACUUUAUGUCCUAGCUCUACAUUCACCUCCCUCUGCUUUCCAUCACGUGUAUCUAGCAAAGGCGGUGCCUAACAAUGGAGCAGGUGAUAGCGCAGAGAUAUCGUCCAUUGCGGAAGUCUUCUGUCCCGAAGGCCAACGCGAGAACGGUCUAUAUGUUGGCUCUAUCAAGUCAAAUAUUGGCCAUCUUGAAGCUUCAAGUGGUGUCGCCGGAUUGCUGAAGGCCAUUCUAAUCUUGAAGCAUGGCGCAAUCCCGCCCAACAUUGACUUCAUCAAGCCGAAGCCUACGCUACAUCUAGAAGAGCGCAAGAUCAAGAUUGCUACUGAAAUGGUUCCACUCCCUGAGUCUACUGGUCCCCGCCGUGUGUCUGUCAACUCCUUUGGCUACGGUGGAACAAAUGCCCACGUCAUCCUGGAAGCUCCAGCCAGCUACGAGAAAGCGGACAGCGUACUGGCUCCAGAGAAGUCCAAUGGCACCAAUGGGCAUAUCAAUGGGUAUACCAAUGGACAUGCAAAUGGACACACUAAUGGGCAUACCACGAAAGAAAACGGCACAAACGGACAUACAGAGGUGCAGGAAAUUACGUCUCCGGAUCAUGGCAUAAACGGAUCAAACGAGACCAACGGAACUCACGGGACUAUUGGACACAAUGGUCUCAACGGCAAAACCAAAGACCAUGUCGAUGAGGUCGACUCGGAUACUGCCAAUGGGAGGACCUUGUCCACUCCCAAGCUUUUCGUCUUGUCAGCUCGAUCGGAGACAUCUUUGCAAGCCAUGGUGGCCAAUCUGCGAGGAUGGGUUUCUUCCCAUGACGACGCCUCUUCACUUUCUAACCUUGCUUAUACUCUGUCGACUCGCAGAUCAGAGCUGCAAUUUCGAUCAAGUGUCGCAGCGGCCAGCCAUGAUGAGCUCAUCAGCCUUCUCGAACAGAAACCUCGCAUCACCAAGGCAGCGUCAAACUUCCGCUCCGUGUUCCUCUUCACGGGGCAGGGAGCACAGUGGCAUGCCAUGGGUCGCGGGCUAAUCAGGGAGAAUCCGGUCUUUAGAAAGUCAAUGCUCCAUUCGGAAAAGAUCCUGAAGGAUCUUGGGGCUGACUGGAGUCUAAUCGAAGAGCUCUCCAAAGACGACGACAACUCGCGAGUUGGUCAGGCUGAGAUCUCCCAGCCCUCUACUACAGCGAUUCAGAUUGCAUUGGUAGACCUCCUCAAGAGCUACCAAGUCUUCCCCAAUCUUGUCCUCGGCCAUAGCAGCGGUGAAAUAGCUGCUGGUUAUGCUGCCGAGGCCUUGGACCACGCAACUGCGCUCGAGAUAUCGUUCAGGCGCGGCUUCAUGUCGCAGGCAUGCGCGCGUGUCAUCUCGAGCAGAGGCGCGAUGAUGGCUGUCGGCUUGGGCGAAGACGAUGUCAAGAAAUACAUUGAGCAGACCAAGACAGGGCUCAUCUGCGUCGCAUGUGUCAACUCCCCUGUUAGCACAACCAUUUCUGGAGACGAGACUGCCAUCGACGAGCUCAAGCAGAUUCUUGACGAAGAGUCCAUAUUCAACCGCAAAUUGAAGGUGGACACGGCCUACCACUCUCAUCACAUGAAGAAGGUUGCAGCCGAAUAUCUCGAGUCCAUUGCUCACAUCAAAGCGCGCACUCCGAACCCUGCCAUCAAGUUCUACUCUUCUGUUGCCGUUGCACACAAGACAUCUGGUUUCGAUGCUAAGUACUGGGUUGACAACCUGGUGUCUCCGGUUCGCUUUGGAAAUGCCUUGGAGCUCCUGUGCCGCACAGAACUCGUUGACCUCGAGCCAGCGCCCCUCACUCUAUUGACCGAGGUGGGCCCACACGGCGCUCUAGCAGGUCCAGUCAGGCAGACUAUCAAGGGGCUCAAUUUGACUGGCUUCAAGUCAAGUUACCUAUCUACUCUGUCUCGAGGCCGUGACGCCGCGAUCACCUUUCUUGAGACAGCCGGCAAGCUAUUCGAGUUCGGGUAUCCGGUCUCGCUACAAGCGACCCUGGGAGAAAAUCAAUCUGCUACGUUGGUUGAUGAUCUUGACCCGUAUCCUUGGGAUCACUCCACGAGCUUCCUCUACGAAUCGAAGCUCAGCAAGGAGCAUCGCUUCCGCGCGCACCCACCACAUGACCUUCUCGGCCUUCGUGUCCCGGGAACUACCAACCAUGAACCCACUUGGCGCAACCUUCUUGGAGUGGGAAGUCUUCCGUGGCUUAGCGAUCACGUUGUCGAUGGCUUCGCCAUUUUUCCUGCUUCUGGAUACCUCUCUAUGGCUGUAGAGGCAGUGCGCCAGAUCAGCGUCGACAGAAAGGUCCAGGGUGUCAUUUCUCAGAUUCAUCUGAAAAAUGUCUCGUUUACCAAGUCAAUCAUGAUCCCCGAACGUCGCACUGAUGGACUGACAUCUGAUGUCGAAGUCCUCUUGACGUUGCGACCCGCCAAAAGUCUAACCGACCGUACAUGGGAGACAUUUCGCAUCAUGGCUCUAUCACCGGAGGAUGUGUGGCACGAGCACUGCGCGGGACACAUCAUGGUUGAGUGGUCGGCCAAAGAGGAUGAAGUCGAGGGAUACCGCGAAGAGACCAUGGCAAAUUCAAGAGGCCUCGAACAUCUUCAGGAAAUCAUCAAUGCUUGCAACACCACGAUCAGCGGCGAAGAACUUUACAAGAACUUCACCGAGAACGGCAACGUCUAUGGCCCUACUUUUGCCGGCAUAGAGUCAGCGCAGAUUGGCUCCCGCGGAGGCAUCGCAGAGAUUAAGAUCCCCGAUGUGAAGAGCAUGAUGCCUCGCAAGCAUCAGCAAGAGCAUGUCAUCCACCCAGCCUCGCUCGAUACAGUCUUCCAACUUGGACUUCCACUGUACCGGAGAGACGUUGGUAACGGACCCGUGAUGCCUACAAGCAUCGACGAUCUGAUCAUCAACUGCAAACUCAGCAGUACACCCGGCACCAAAUGGACCGUGUGCUCUACCAUGGGCCAGAAAGGCUUCCGGUUUGCUAGCAUCGACAUCAUGGUCUUCGAAGAAGUCACAGAGGGUGCGCCACUGGUGCCCGUAUUAGACAUUCGCGGUGGCGCACUUCGGGGCAUCGGCGAAGCUCCAGUUGACGAGGGCGCCCUGCCGUUCUCUCGCAAGAUGAGCUAUGCUCUCGAAUGGAAACCUGACGUCGACCUUCUGGCUUCACUACAGCAAGGAGACGAGCCAAACCAGCUAGUCUCGUAUCUUCAGCUUCUGGCCUUCAAGCAGCCACGCAUGAAGAUCCUGGAUUUGAGCGCCGGAUCUGGAGUAGACAUCGCGCUGCCAUUCCUCAAAGCGAUUGAUCGUCCGGAAGGAUUGCUUCUUGACCGAUAUACAUAUUGCAGCGCUGAAUCCCACAUCGAGUCCUUGGAUCAAGCCAGGGCGUCUCUCCGCCAAUGGAUUGAUCGAGUCGAUUUCAAGACUUUAGACAAUUCAAAGGAUCUUACACAGCAAGGUUUCCAAGAGGGAUCUUACGACCUAGUUAUUGCUUCCCAGGCUGAGCAUGGCUCUGCUGAUGAGUCCCUGAGUAGCUGGCGAACGCUUCUGAAGCCUCGAGGCAGACUGGUCCUUCGCGCAUCGCCGGUCGAAGGUGAACAUGAUGACUCUCCUGUCCUACCAGAGGUCGAUUGGCAUGCCCGAUUGGAGCAUCACAGCUUCCAGGAGGUGACUCCUAGCCAACGAGACCCUGCUACAAGACCAAGCAUGAUCAUUGCCUCAGCCGUCGAGGAGCAGUCUCCAACGAAGGAAGACUUCCCCUCAAUUCGCAUCAUCUCCCAGUCGCAGUUAGGCCAGAUUGCGUCUCUUGCAGAUGCAUUUGUGGCACACAUGACCGCACUAGGGUUUGCUUGCUCUGUGGAUGGUUGGGCAUUUGAGCCAGUCAACGCUGAUGCUAUCCACAUUGUCCUCGAUGAUGCGAUGGACCCCAUACUUGCUGCACCAAGUGCCGACAAAUUCGCCCAAAUUGUCGCCCUCGUCACCAAGACGAAGAGCGUACUGUGGCUAAGCUGCCAAGAAAGCGGUGCCGAAACCCAUGAUCCGGCGAAGGGCAUGAUCAGCGGCCUCGCAAGAGUCGUGCGACGAGAGAAUUCGGCUAUGCGUUUUGUUACUGUCGAUGUACAAGACGACGUUCUGUCAAAAAUGGAGGUGCUGGUGUCCCAGGUCUCAGAAAUCAUCAGAAGUUCCUUCGCCACCCCCGUCAGUAUCUCACGAUCCGAUGAGGAUGAAUACACCUUCAGUAACGGCCAGCUCCUCAUUCCUCGAGUUCAUGCGGAUGCCAAGUUCGAUGACUGGGUCAAGAGGGCAAUAUACGCUCAAGGAAUGGAAACCGGGCCUUUCCAACAGGCGGAUAGGCCUCUCAAGCUCGAGGUUGAGACGCCGGGGCUCCUCAGUAGUCUCCGUUUCGCCGACGACGAGACGGCAUCGAGGCCCCUGCAACCAUUCGAAGUAGAGCUUGAGGCUAGGGCGUACGGCGUCAACUUCAAGGAUGUAUUCAUCGCGAUGGGGCAGAUGAUACCUGGUGUAACAAUGGCCGGUGAAUGUGCCGGUAUUGUUCGCAAGGUGGGCUCUGCCAUUGAGGACAAGUUCCGCGUCGGCGAUCGCGUCUGCGGAAUCUUUGCGGAGCCCUUCUCUAGUCACCCACGGAUCGAUGGGAACUUCAGUUGUCAUCUUCCGGAUAGUAUGCCCUACUCCGCGGGCGCAUCAAUCCCUGUCAUCUUCUGCACCGCCUACCACUGCAUCAUUGAGGUCGCUCGCCUCGAGCGUGGAGACACCAUUCUGAUCCACGCCGCUUCUGGCGGUGUCGGACAAGCAGCUAUUCAACUUGCCCAGAACAUCGGAGCCGAGAUCUUCUGCACUGUGGGCAGUAGCGCAAAGCGUCAACUGCUCAUCGACACUUUCAACAUCCCGCCAGACCACAUCUUUUCGUCAAGACUUCGGACAUUCAAGCAGGGGAUUCUGCGACUCACCCAGGGCAAAGGUGUCAACUGCGUCUUGAACUCAUUGUCGGGCGAAUCACUCCAUGACUCCUUUGCUGUUCUUGCACCACUAGGAACCUUUGUCGAAAUUGGCAAGUCUGAUAUCUAUCGGAAGAACGAAAUCAGCAUGGUUCCUUUCGACAACAGUGUCACGUUUGCUGCUGUCGACUUGACCGUCUUGGCCCGACUCAAGCCGACCAAGAUGCGAGAAACGCUCGAUAAAGUACUCUCAUUGUUCGCGGAGGGCACUCUAAAGCCUGUGGCCCCCAUUACGGCUAUGCCCAUGACCGAUAUCGAGGACGCUUUCCGUUUGAUCCAGUCGAGGAAGCACACUGGCAAGGUUGUUCUCGUUUGCGACGAGCAGACGCAAGUCAAGUUGACGUUAGCAUGUCCACAGCCUCUCCGUUUAGAUGGGAAUGGCACAUAUGUCAUCUCUGGAGGUCUCGGAGACCUUGGGCGAAGAAUCGCCAGAUUCCUAGCCACUCACGGUGCGGGACAUGUGGUAACUUUGUCUCGUCGCAACUUGGAAGAAGAGGACCAGCUUGCGUUCGAGGAAGAGUUGCGCGCCAUCGGAUCGGAGCUUCACAUCAUUCGCUGUGAUGUGACAGAUCAAGAGUCAGUGCAAUCAGCCGCUGCCGAAUGUUCAGAGAAACUUCCUCCGGUGAGAGGAGUCGUCCACGCAGGAAUGGUCUUGAGGGAUCAUCCUUUUGAAAUCAUGUCUCACGAUGAUUACAUGACUUCGAUCGAGCCCAAGGUCCAGGGAACUCAGAACCUCGACAACGCCUUUGGCGCUUCCGACUCCCUCGACUUCUUCAUUAUGCUGUCAUCUAUCACCGCAAUCCUCGGAAAAUCUGGACAGUCGAACUACGCUGUCGGUAACGCCUACCAGGAUGCAUUUGCUCAAAGCAAAAAGGGAUCGAGCUGCAGAUACAUCGCGUUGAACCUCGGUGCGGUCGACGGAUCCUUGGCCAUCACCUCACUGCCUCCUGCGCAACAAGACGCUAUGAGACGCGGCUCUGUUCUCAUGUCGUUUGACGAAGUCUUUGCCGUUUUGACCUACGCUAUGAGCGCUCAGGCAAACGAGGAUGAUCUCCACCAGCUGAUACUUGGCUUCGACCGAAAGUCGAUGGAGGCGGUACACGAUGAGAUGGCUCUUGCGAAUCCCAUAUUCAGCCAGAUUCCGUACCUGGAGAAGGAGGGAGAGCCGACCAAGGAAGCUGCCACUGACGUUGGAAAGUUGCUCCAACAAGCCACUUCGCCCGAGGAAGUCAAGAGCAUCGUGGUAAACGGCAUUUGCCAGCGGUUUGCCAUGUUCACUGCUGUGCCCGUUGAAGAAAUCAGUCCGGAUGUUUCGAUGGAGAGUUUUGGUCUCGACUCACUUGUUGCCAUCGAGUUGAAGAACUUCCUCUCUCGCACUUUCCAGGCGACACUCCAGACAUCUGAGGUUCUCGACGCUGUCAACAUCUUGAGUCUGGCCAAGGUCAUCAUCCUCAGGUCAAAACUUGUCCCUAAAGACACUGAGACGGCUGUUGCGGAGAAGGAAGAGACCGCAACGUCCACAGCCGUGAAGGUCGCCGACUUGGCCAUCGAAAGUGCAGCACCAGAUACCAACCAUAACUUCCAUUGUUGUCGAGCAAUCAAGACGCUUCAGAAGAUGCCUCUUGUUGACUUUGACGUCAUGUUUGACGAUUACCUGGAGAAGUCAAGAAUGUUCUUUUCCGCCGAAGAUUUCAAGACUAUCGAAGACGAUGUAGCCGAAUUCAGAAAGCCGGACAGCAUUGGUCGGAAGUUCUAUAGCCGUUUGCAUGAGCAGGCUCACGAUCCCGCGAUCGAGAACUGGCAGGAAAAGUACUUCCUUCAAAGCAUGUAUCUGCAGAGACGCAUGCCGCUCGCGCCUUUCAAUAACUUCAUGGCAUUCCACCCUCUCGGGAAUAUGGGCCAUACUCAAGCCGAGCGAGCAGCCAUGAUUGCAAGCAUUGCCUUCCAAGCCAAGCAGGAUCUCGAAUCCGAUCGAUGGGAGCCCAUGGCGUACAUGUUCACGGCAAACUGUACCGAUCUUUGGCAGUACAUCUUCAACACGGCUCGCCUGCCUGGCGUUCCGCUGGAUCGAAUGGCUAAAUUCCCUGGGAACGACUACAUGGCGGUCCUCUAUCGCGGACACAUCUACAAGGUCGAACUCAUGGAUGGAGAUCAUAACGUUUCCGUCGAAACAUUGACCAAGACUUUUAAUGCUCUCUUGGCUCAUCAAGACCUCGAUGACAAUUGGACAAGUAUCCUUGGCACCGACGACCGCACUUCAUGGGCGGAGAGCCGGCAAGCCUUAAUUGACCUUGACAAUGCCAACAAAGAGACCAUAGCUAUGGUAGAGGCUGCAGCUUUUCUCGUUUGUCUUGACGACACAGAGCCUGCGCAUGCAGAGGAGAGAAUCAACAACAUGAUGAUGCUCAAUGGUUUCAAUCGAUGGGUCGACAAGUCCAUCGCAUUCGUGGUGUGCAAGAAUGCAACUUCUGGCACAUAUGUGGAGCACACGAUGAUUGAUGCAAUGACUCUCUUCGCGAUGCAAACGGCCAUUGUCGAAGGCAUCAUGACCUAUAAGCCACCCCGAGAGGUCAACGGCCAUACCAAUGGCGUUGUUUCCUCGCCCAGAGAGUUCACUCUGAAGACAACACCGGCUUUGGACGCGCGUAUUCAACAUGUGCGACAGCGUUUCGAGAACGACAUCUCAAAGUUCGGAUACAGAGACAUCGUGCUCUCCGACUUUGGAAAAGACAUUCUCCUUGAGCGUCACCUCCCCAUCAAAGGCGUCUAUGACCUUAUGGGUCUUCUCGCCAACUACUACUACUACGGCUACAAUGCCCAAUCGUGGGAGGCCAUCUCAAUGUCGCACUACCACAAGGGACGGCCUGACAUUGUGCAAGUCAACACGCCGAUCACCGCGGACUUUUGUACCAUCGCAGACGACGAAAGCGUUCCGGCGCGCAAACGCUUCGACAUGAUGGUCGCGGCUGCCAAUGCUCGUAAUCAGAUCAUCAAGGACGCGUUCAUGGGUCGAUGCUACCAGCGGACGCUCAGGGCCCUCGAGCUCUGCGCAGAAGAGGGCGAGGAUCUGCCUGCUCUCUUCAAGAAUCCGCUCUAUGAGCAAACUGUCGAGCCCAACCAGAUGUUCUCGAAUACCGAUGGGCUAUCUCCCGAGUCUUGCUUCAUCAUGCAGAACCCAAAGAGGUUCUGGAUGACGUACUAUGUUACUGAUGGAGGCUCAUUUCUCUGUGGUCACUGGGAAAGACGAAGUGAUUGCGUGGGCAGACUGUUUGCAACGUGCCUCUUCGGUGUUGAAGACGUUGAUAGACGCGGCAUGAGGUGGAUUUCGCACUGA